AAAAAAAAAAACAAUAUCUUGACCUCCAAUUUUCAUGAAGUGUUUCAUGGUUGUGCUGAGAGGAAACCACAAGAUGAAGAUCUUGAGCUUUCAAAUGAAGAGACCACGAGUGCUUUGAAAAAAAAUGUAGAAAGUACCACCCCUAAAAGCAGACAUUCUCGAGAGAGGAAAAUCAAAAACAAAACUAUCUAUCCAGGCCAUGAAGAAGUCGAGGCAGUUAAUGCUUUUCGACAAGCAUUGAUUGCAGACAACUUGCUGCCAGAAAUACUUGACGAUCAUUGCAUGAUGUUGAGAUACCUUAAGGCCAAAAACUUCAAUAUCGGACACACUAAAGACAUGUGGAUCAGUAUGCUAAAGUGGAGGAAAGACUUUGGAGCCAACAACAUCUUGGAGGAUUUCAAGUUUAAUGAAUUGGAAGAAGUUUUACAAUACUUUCUCCAAGGUUAUCAUGGUGUUGACAGAGAGGGAAGGCCCGUUUACAUAAAAGUACUAGGACAGGCUGAUCCAAAGAAGCUUAUGAGAGUCACAACUAUUGAACGGUAUGUUAAAUACUACGUGCAGGAGUAUGAGAGAACUUUAGCCAUUCGGUACCCAGCUUGUUCAAUUGCUGCAGGAAGACAUAUUGCAACAAAUACAACAAUUGUAGACGUACAAAAUGUGGGGAUAAAGAGCCUAACAAAACCGGUGAUUGAACUCAUUAGGAGAUUGCAACAGAUAAACACCAACUAUCCUGAUACACUUAACCAAAUGUUCAUCAUAAACGCUGGUUCGGGCUUUAAGAUGAUAUGGAAUGUUGUUCAGUCCUUUCUUGAACCAAAAGCAAAAUCCAAGAUUCAUGUCCUAGGCACAAACUUUAAAAGCACAUUGCUUGAAGUAAUUGAUGCAAGUGAGUUACCAGAAUUUCUUGGUGGUAAAUGCAAUUGUGCAGAAAAAGGUGGAUGCAUGAGAUCUGGUAAAGGACCUUGGAAAGACCCCCAUAUUGUAAAGGGUAUAUCAGCUGGUAAAAUGAAAGGUUGCAUUUCAAAAUUUGUGUCAAUGAAUGAGGGAAUAGUACAUGAUGGUGGACGUUGCGCCUCAUUGGAAGAUGCAUAUGUACAGAGAAGUCAUUUAUCCAAAUCAACCACUUUGGCAGCCGAUCAACUUUCUCAAGUCGAAUGUAAGCAUUAAGAUUUGUAAAAUACCUAAAUUAGAUUGAACUAAGUUACCGUUGAUCAAAACUUACCAUUUAAAAAUAUCAAGUUUAUAAAUCCGUCUAGCUAUUCAUUCCACA